UCGGAUCUCCUGUCCGGGGGAAGACCCGGCCCCCUCCUCCCCUCCGCGGGCGGCAAGCAGAGCCCAGCCCUCCUGCCUCCCGACCGGCCGCCCCCUCCUCCUCCUCCUCCAGCCCCUCGCCUUGUUCGGCGCGGAGUGCAGAUCGCGGCAGCAGGAGGCGAAGCCGAGAAGGCAGGGGAAGGGAGCUUCGCGCCCAGCCGCUCGCUCGCUCGCUCGCCUCUCUGCCCCAGCCGGCCCGCCGCCUUCUGCCUGCCUCCUCCUUCCUUCCUUCCCCCGGGGCGGCUGCAGCAGAAGCAGCAGCAGCAGCUGCACCAAGGAGCGUUGCCAAGGAUCCGCCGCUGUUGGGCACGAAGCGGGGGCCGAAGAGAACUGCGCAGCGGCGACUCGGGUGUAGGGACGAGGGAAAAGGAGGCAGGCAGGCAUAUAGACACACGAGCACGCGGGACACCGCGCCGGGGAUCCGUGCAGGGACUGAAAAACUUGAUCUGCCUUUAGGAGGGGGAAGGGGGGGACUGAAUAGAGACUCCCUCCCAUCCAUAUAAACGCAGCCUUGGACCAGAAGGAAUCCCCUUAGUCCCACCAGAAUAUAAGAGCCGAGCUCUUUUGAAAGUGGCCGAAGACCAUUUCUGCCCUUUCCUCCCUCCCAGGGCCAAGGGGAGGAUCGUGAGCGGUGUGACCAGGCUCUCCAAGAUUGGUGCAGUUCCCAGUAUAUAUAUAUCUAAAGACAUCUCCUUCUGUUGAAGCUUGGGGAAGUUUUGCUUCUCUUCUGGUGCCAGCAACGAAGAAAAGAAAAAAGGGGAGAGAGAGAGAGAAGGGAAGGCACCAGCUUCCUAGGAAAUCCUUCUUGAGCGCCAAGGAGCCAUCCUGAAAGAAUAAGCACGCUCAUCAUAAUACAAGGAUACAUCUGGACUCUGUUUGCAUUUCCUGGUUUUCCUGGGGACGAAGAUGCUGUCCUACAGCGUGCUGGAUGCUAAUGUGGUGGACGUGGAAAAAAGGCGAAACCCAUCCAAGCAUUAUGUAUAUAUCAUAAAUGUAACGUGGUCAGACUCAAGUUGCCAGACAAUCUACCGCAGAUACAGCAAGUUCUUUGACCUACAGAUGCAGCUUCUGGAUAAAUUCCCUAUCGAAGGAGGCCAGAAAGAUCCCAAGAAGAGAAUCAUCCCAUUUCUUCCAGGUAAAAUCCUAUUCCGGAGAAGUCACAUUCGAGAUGUCGCUGUGAAGAGGCUACGACCUAUUGAUGACUAUUGCAGGGCAUUGGUGAAGCUUCCCCCUCACAUUUCACAGUGUGAUGAAGUCUUUCAGUUCUUUGAGAGCAGACCAGAGGACCUAAACCCUCCUAAAGAGGAUUAUGGAUCCUCAAAAAGGAAAUCAGGUGCUGACGCUAGUUCUGAACCUAUGAUCCUGGACCAGUAUGUGGUGGUGUCUAACUAUGAGAAACAGGAAAACUCGGAGAUCAGCUUGCAAGCUGGAGAGGUGGUGGAUGUAAUAGAGAAGAAUGAAAGUGGUUGGUGGUUUGUAAGUACCUCGGAAGAGCAGGGCUGGGUCCCUGCCACUUACCUGGAAUCCCAAAGUGGAAUUAGAGAUGAUUCUGAAAUUAACAUGUCCAAAGGAGGGGAAGUUUCUAAGAGACGCAAGGCACACCUGAGACGCCUGGACCGGCGAUGGACACUGGGAGGGAUGGUCAACAGGCAGCAGAGUCGAGAAGAGAAAUAUGUCACAAUCCAGUCAUACACCAGCCAGGGGAAGGAUGAAAUCGGGUUUGACAAAGGAGUCACUGUGGAGGUCAUUCAGAAGAACCUGGAAGGAUGGUGGUACAUAAGGUAUUUAGGCAAAGAGGGCUGGGCCCCAGCCUCGUACCUGAAAAAAGCAAAAGAUGACCUUCCAUCAAGGAAAAAGAACUUGACGGGGCCAGUGGAAAUUAUAGGAAACAUCAUGGAGAUCAGCAACCUGUUGAAUAAGAAAUCCUCUAGUGACAAGGAAACCCAGUCAGAAAUUGAAACAGCAGAAUCCCACAUCACCAAGAAGGAAAUAAGCUUGCCCAUCUUAUGCAAUGAUUCUAAUGGCAAUGCCAUGAUGACUCAAGACAAACAGAUUUCAAAAUUGGCACAGGGUUCUCCAGCCAUAGCACGGAUUGCACCACAAAGAGCUCAAAUAAGUUCUCCAAAUCUAAGAACCAGACCUCCCCCAAGAAGAGAAUCUAGUUUGGGCUUCCAGCUGCCUAAACCUCCUGAGCCACCAUCAGUGGAAGUUGAAUACUACACCAUUGCAGAGUUCCAGUCUUGUAUCUCUGAUGGGAUCAGCUUUCAUGGGGGACAAAAGGCGGAGGUUAUUGACAAGAAUUCUGGUGGCUGGUGGUAUGUGCAGAUUGGUGAAAAGGAAGGCUGGGCUCCAGCAUCAUACAUUGACAAAAGGAAGAAGCCAAAUUUAAACAGGCGAACAAGUACUUUGACCAGACCCAAAGUUCCUCCCCCAGCACCUCCCAAUAAAUCAAAAGACUCUGAAGAAGGAACAGUUGCUGGAACCAUAUCUUCAGGAGAUGCCCAGGAAAAGCAAAAGUAUGAGGAGCCAGAGUAUGAUGUGCCUGCCUUUGGGGCUGACUCUGAGUCUGAGCUGAGCCAAGGGGAAGAUGGCAGCUUGGAGAGAGGCAUGUUCCAUCUACUCAAGCCUUCCCCUGUGUCAUCCCUCCAAAGGGCAAAAUUCCGAGUUGGAGAGUCAUCUGAAGAUGUAGCACAUGAAGAGGAGACCAUCUAUGAAAAUGAAGGCUUCAGGCCAUACAUCGAAGAUGCUCUGUCAAGCAAAGAAUCUAGUGGGGACUCUGAUUCUCAAAGAAGUUCAUCACUGUCUCUGAUCCAAAGAAAUUCUCCGUGUUCUGUUUCUCCCAAGUCUUCCCUCCUGAAGCCCCAAAGCGACAAGAGCAUUCAGCCAAACCUUGGGAAGCCGCACUACCCCCGGAAUGAGGAGACAAAGCCAAGGUCCGCUUCAGACGUUGGUUUAAGUAGCAUGCCCAAAACUGGCCUAAAGAGGGAUACUGGGGAGGCAGUGUCUAGCAGGGCAAAACCAAUGGUGAGACCAAAACCUUUCCUGAACAAAGCAGACUCCCAAAGCCAAGAAAGGAUGGACAUCAGCACUUUACGUCACCAGCUGAGACCAACUGGACAGCUGAGAGGCGGGCUUAAAGGUUCAAGAAGUGAAGAGUCUGAAAGUCCACCUCGGACAGCUUCUGGAAACCCAGAAGAGUCAUUCAGAAGAAGCUCUGCAGAUCUCAUUCCCACUCAUUCCCAUGCCAUAUUCUACUCCAGCCAGCCAAACAAGGCAGAGAAUGAAAACAACUCCUCAAAAUGUAUCUAUGUAACUACUGAUUCUUACCAGAAAGUUCAAGAUUCUGAGAUCAGCUUCCCAGCAGGGAUAACAGUGGAAGUUCUGGAAAAGCAAACAAGUGGGUGGUGGUAUUUGAGAUAUGGAGACACAGAAGGCUGGGCUCCUUCUCACUAUCUGGUACUGUCUGAUAACCAACAACGGGAAACCAGUUUGAAUGAGGCUAACAUCUCAGUGACCAAGAACAGAAGGAAUGAAAACAAAUCCAACAGCUUGGAGAAGAUAGAGAAGAAGGUCCAAGCACUCAACACCAUCAACCAGAGCAAGAGAGCAACACCUCCCAUUCCCAGUAAACCACCUGGUGGCUUUUCUAAAACAUCUGGGUCUGUCAAAUUGCGGAAUGGGGUCAGGCAACUAGCAGUGAGGCCACAGUCAGUGUUUGUCUCCCCACCACCCAAGGAUAAUAACUUGCCUUGUUCCCUGCGUAGGAAUGAGUCUCUUACUGCCACAGACCACCUGAGGGCAGUACGCCGCAACUCUUCUUUCAAUGCUGCCCAACCUCAGACUAGUGAUUCUAAGAUAAAGCACACUGAUCGGCUGGGUUCUGAGGGGUCUGAGACAAGUUCCUACGUACCUUCUGAGCGCAAUGGAAUCCCAGUGUCCACAGUCAGGCCCAAGCCCAUUGAAAAAUCCCAGUUCAUUCACAAUAACCUUAAGGAUAUCUACAUCUCCAUUGCAGAUUAUGAGGGGGACGAAGAAACUGCUGGAUUUCAGGAAGGUGUCUGCAUGGAGGUCCUGGAAAGGAACCCAAAUGGUUGGUGGUACUGUCAGAUCAUGGAUGGAGGAAAACCUUUUAAAGGCUGGGUGCCCUCGAAUUAUUUGGAGAAAAAGAAUUAGAGUCUUUAAAUUCCAUUAUUUAUACUUUUAUACUGUGUACAUACGGAAGGAAGGGGGGAAAUACAAUGAUUUUAUUCCCUUUUUAUUCUAUCUAAUAUACAAGGGACUGUUGAUCUGACCUUUGCUAUGACCAGCCAGUCUGCCGUCUUUGAGGGUGUUUGAAGGAAUUGGCUUGUUCAGCAAAUAUCAAAGAAAAAGGCAGCUGGAACUAAUGGCAUUCUCUUUCUGUUUUGGUGAAGACUUUCAUAAUUUUGAGUGCAACGUGGUUCAUUAUUCCACCAUCCUGGUUGUCAUAAAAGGAAACCAAAUGUGUGCCUUUCACAGUAUAGUUUGGACCUGUGCAUCCACUUGCGAAUGGUGGGGAGUUUGGUGCCAACCUGGACAUGUUAAAAAAAUUAGCUUGUUCAUUUCUUCCACAUGGAGUGUUUCCAAGCUGUGGAUGAGUCUCCACCACCAGCGAGAUAUCUUUGAAUCAGCAGAGCAAGUGGGGAAACUCAAGAAAUCCAGUGUUGGCCCUUGGCUAUCACAUUCUUGUCUCCAGAUUGAAGACUUGGAGCUUUUUCACUGUGCAUUGCUAGUACCUGACAUUAAGUGCAUAUUGUCAGUUUCCCCCAAUGGCAUCGGUCAUACUUCUGUCCUGUGGUGAUCUCUGUGUCAACUGUUUGGGGAAGGGGUCAAGUUUUUUUUACUAUUAUUAUUGGAAUUAGAUGUGUAGUCAAACUUUAAUGUGGUUCCUAGGUGUUUGUAUGCACACUAAAAAUCAUGUGUUUGCAACACA